AGAGAGCAAGUCAGGCCUCUGUGUCUCUUCUGUAGCUCCAGCCCCCAGACGGCCAUUCUCCUGUGUCCUUUUCCACACAGAAAAGGUCUUGAAGACGUCCCCUUUAGCCAGGGAGAGGGAGGGAGACACACCCUCUUCCACUGACCACCCAGAAGAGCCUCCAGAGAUUUAGAGUUUCUGUGACAACACAUUAGCAUACAUUACAAUACAGAUACUUAAUAGACCUGCCUAUGCUAUUUCCUUAAUAAAGAAGCAUUUGACCAUUUUAGCAAUCUCCCCUAUUCCUGUGGAACCCCAUUUUAGUUAUAAAAUCACAGGAUUGGAAGGGAACCCCACCUCCCGCAAAAAGGAAAAACCACCACAAUUUAGUCUAACCACAAACUCUUUGCAAUAUUCUGAAUUGCCCUGAAAUUUCCCCACAGCUCAAUUUUUCCUUUCCUUGACAAUUCCUGUAACUCCUUCUGUUUUUCUCUCUCUGCAGAUUGAGAUCGAGCUUGUGUAUGAAUCUCCAGGUCAUGCUCUGAUGGGCAAAUGGCUGAGCCUCUAUGGCCCAGCUAAUCUCAAUGCCGGACUAAGGGGCUAUGUGAAAGUUCACCUCUGUGUCCUUGGAGCUGGAGAUCAGGCGCCGGAUGCAGCCCAUUUGCCAGACAGUGGCAAUUUGGAAGCCAACCUCCUGCAGGCAGCAGUAAUGCCAGCAGUACGCAGAGCCAUGCUCCAGCUCUUUGUAUACCGAGCAGAAGAUUUGUCUCCAAGUGUCCUCAACGUCGGGCAGGACCGCAGCUCUUACCAGCCCAUCGACCACCUGGAGCCGCUGCGCCCCUACCCAGACGUGACUACCAAGGCCUCCCCACCUCCUCCUUAUUGA